AGUACGUAUUUAUCGAUCGAGGCAGUGUUGUUGGCGGGUUCUAUUUGUUGUCUGUAGGGAAAGCGCUGCGUUGCGCUACCUUCUCGGUGUCUCCACAACUACAGUCAUUUGUACUGCUUCAAACGGGAGCAGCAACACGACGGCAAAAAUAUGGAGUCACGUUUGAUCUUAAAUGCGGCGGCGCACCGUCUCUGGUACGUCGAUGGAGAUGUUGUGAAGGUGCGCGUAUCGCUCUCGUGUGUGCCGGAAGGCGUUACGGGCGCCAAACGUGAUGUUGUCCCACUGCAGGCGAUUCCUACGCAAAACUACUUUUCCGUUGACACCGCCGAGUCGGAGCCGCGUGAGAUGGACGUGCGCGUGCAGACGCUGACGGCGGAGCUCGUAGGUCGUGUCGAGCUCGACGCAAGCGUGAUGAAGGUCAUUAGCUGGCCCGGCGCCACAAGCAGCUCGCAACCGACACCGAGCAGGCGACCGGGCAGCGCCAAUUCCAAGGUGCUGUACGUUCUGUACAGUACCGGUAAAAAGCCACUGCUGGAUGACGUGGGUAUGCGGCGGUAUCAGUGUACGGCGCUGGAGUUUUUGUUUCGCCUGCCCGAAGGAUGCCCGCCGACGUGCAGCGGCAAAGGCGCGGACUACCGACACGUCGUGACGAUCGCCGCUUCCUGGCAGAACGCACGCGCCGGAUCUGCCAAAGGUUCUCUACCGCACACCUGCAAAGUGCGUAUUCCACUGCUUGUCUUUAGCAGUGUCGCGAGCAUCGCCCAGCUGCCGCUCAUGUCGCUCUUUCCCUUGCCCAGAGACUCGACGCUAGUCAAAGAAGACUUUCACUUUCAAGUGAUGCCGCUGCCCGCCGUGCCAACACCGUCCGUCGCUGCCCCGCUCCAGGACGUGAUCUUUCCGCAGGACGGCCAGCUGCGCACCUCUCUCACGGUGCGUCGCUUAGCUAAAAACAACAUGCAAAACACCUUGGCAGCUCAGCGGCAACCAUUGAAGCUCUUAAUGCCAUGCAACGGCGUAAACAUUCUCCAGGUGCAUCUGCACUCCUCGUGUGUGGCGCUCGGCGGCUUUCUGAACGGCUCUUUCAUCGUGUGCGACGGUGGUGCGGCGAACAACGGGGUUCGGGCAAAUCGCAAGAGAGACAUGGAAGCGCCGGUGCCGGUGAACGUGACCGCCUCGUUAGAACUGUUAGAGUGUGUCACGCCGGAGUGGGCGCUGACAACCGACGAGGACAGCAUGCGUGACACCAAGGCGCAGGGGAUCGACAACUUCGUCUGCCUGCACAAACGCGUCAUCGACCACGCGCACUUCACCGUUGUGGACACCCCGUCGGUCCCGUUUGAGUUUUCGCUGCCCAUCGGCCUGGUGCCUGCUACAACUAUCACUGACGUUACGACCUUUUUAUGGCAGCUGCGAGUGGUCGUGACGACGGUGGCGCGCAAGUCGCUGGCGAAGAUGGCGUCACCUGGAGUUGAUAGGCUAGGGCCUCUGCUGGAGCCGGUUGCAGGGGUGUUUCCUCUCCUCAUUGCACCUCCCGCGAUGCCCACUCGAGGUCGUCAAGGAGCGGCUUGGUAA